CAUGUGCAAAUGAAAAACAUGGCUGCUCCCGUCAGAUUAGUUUGUUCUGAGGCAUUUCCACCCCAUGUAACCGCUUUGACCGUUCUUAUCAAUAGGCAGCAGUUCAGUCAUUUCUUUCCAGGUUGCAAGGAAUCGUCGUCCACGUUGUUGUAUUCAUACUGCAAGUCAAAACCGGCGAUUCUGUUAUGUGCGUGUUUAUUAUCAGAGGAAGAAACGCCGAAGUGUGAGUCACCUGUGCUGUUGCACGCCAGUCACAAACUAACGUUAAAAGUUUUUGCAAGUAAAUUGUUCUUCAAACACUACGGACUUUUGAGGGAGUCAAAAGGUGUCGUCCGUCUCUUUCAGCCACUGGUGUUAAGUAAAGUUGUAGUUGGCGCGCGCAGUAAGCAAAGCUUGAAGUGGGCUACCUCUGACAAGUUCUCAAAUGGCUUACACGUUCUUGCAACAUGUCAUGAGCAGGCACUUUUGGCCAGACAAGGAGAUCCACUGUCGUUACCUUUUCACCCGCUAGUCUUUGACGAUACCGCGCAGUGUAACCAUCUGUCUGACUUGAUUGUGUUGGAGUCCUGCCCUGUGACGCAGGGAGUCAUCACCGCCGACACAAGUGUGGUGGUCACUGACUGUCGAGACAUCGGUCCACAUCAGACUUUGAAUGAACAGCUGAACCACAACUCUACUCGUAACUUGAUGCCUUUGAUCGCUUCGGAUUUCGCCCAUUAUGCCAAUAGCCUGGGCAGUGGGGACUCUUUGUUGGAUAACACAGCAUUAGUUCGCACUGGAUUCUCCGGUUUCGUGCAGGCACUGGAAUGCAGAGUUGAUAUCAGAGUUGUUGAUAUCCACAAUCUCUGCCAGCAAGGUGGAAUUAUUUUCCGGGAGGGGCAAGAUGCUAUGUUGGACAUGGACAACACAAUCUUUCUCAGCAAGCAUUUGCUGCUUAAACUAGGGCUGUUUAAUGGUGAAUGGGUUGUGGUGUCUACGUUGUGUGCACACUCUGAUAGGACUAAGACAUCAGUGAGUUUAUUGCCAACUCAAAGUCCUGAAAAACCAGAAAGCAAGAGGGCGUCCAAAGCCAGAGUAGACAGAGUAGACAGACACCUAGCCCCGAUGGUGGUGGUAGACUUCCCCAAGUGUCCCAACACGGCUAUCAGUGACAAUGUUGGAGUCAUCUCCUUGGUCCACUGGUUUAAUCUGACCAAUGGAGAGCCGCUUCCUCGGGGCAACAAGACAGUGAAGAUCAAGAGAUGGAGUCCCUUGUCUACUCCGCCAGGACUUCAGCUGUCAGAGAGUUCUUCCCGGUCAGCCUCACCCCAGUUUGCCCAAGAGCUCCACAUUGAGUUAGUGCGAUCGCCAGGCUCCAGCCUACACAGGUUUUACGAUGGCCUCCUCCACCACUAUUUUAGUACACCCAGGCUGGUGUGGCCGGGGAGAGUCUUAAGUGUCCCUACAGCUGGACAUCCGGAGGUUAUAGAGACCUCCUGUGAGGGCAUAACAAGGUGGCCAGUCUUGUGCUUUAAAGUGAAGAAAGUGUGUGGUACAGAAGACUCCGGACCCUAUCUGGCAGAUAUAACACACUCCCGUCUGUACUUGGAGGGCAGCACCAAUAGUCAAGCACCAUGGGCCGGUUCAAAUGAAGUGCCAUCGUUUUGGACAAAUAUGUCACCUGCUGGGCUGUCAAGCACUGUAGAGCAACUGGUGACCAUCAUUCAUCCCUUUGUCAGUGAAAGCUCAUCUAUAUUCCAAGGGAGGGGCACCAUCUUACUCGCAGGACCGAGUGGGUGUGGCAAGGUCACCGUUGUCAGGGCAACAUGCCGGAGGCUGCACCUGCAUCUGCUCAAGUAUGACUGCGUCACCCUCUGCGCUGACACGGCGUCUGCCUCGGAGGCCAAGAUGAGGGCUGCGUUUCAGAAGGCGGAGCUCCAGAAGCCGUGCAUCCUGUUGCUUAGGAACCUCCAGCUGCUAGGGCAACCACGGGAUGGCACAGAAACUGAUGCCAGAGUGCUGGCUGCUCUGUGCCACCUGAUAGAAAAGGCCCCGUCCAGGGUCAUAGUGGUCGCCUCCGUGAGCGACCCAAAGGAGCUGUCCUCGGGUGCGCUGGCAGCGUUCGUCCACCAGGUGGUGAUUGAGCGCCCAGCAGAGGAGCAGAGAAGAGCAGUGCUGGGCCUGCUUAGUGAGGGGCUCCCCCUGGGGAAGAACGUCAACCUGAGCAGGCUGGCCCGGCAGACUGUGGGAUUUGUCCUGGGAGACCUUUGUGAGCUAAUGACUCUGGCUGGGAAAGUAGCACACCAAAGGAUUCUGAAAACAAGCUUCCCUGGAGGAAUGAGUUUGCAGCAGGAGGAGGACCUGUGUGCUUCAGGAGUGAUAGUUCAGGCUGAAGACCUCAGUGUGGCCCUGGAGACCCUGCAGGAGAUGCACUCGCAGGCCCUAGGGGCCCCAAAGAUCCCAUCUGUGAGAUGGCAGGACAUCGGGGGCCUCCAGCAGGUGAAGAAGGACAUCAUGGACACCAUCCAGGUGCCUCUGGAGCACCCUGAGCUGGCAGCCCUCGGCCUGAGGCGGUCUGGAGUGCUCCUCUACGGUCCGCCUGGCACUGGCAAGACUCUACUGGCCAAGGCAGUGGCCACAGAAUGCUCUUUGACUUUCCUGAGUGUCAAGGGGCCCGAGCUGCUGAAUAUGUAUGUGGGCCAGAGUGAGGAGAACGUCAGAGAGGUGUUUGCUACGGCCCGUGCUGCAUCCCCCUGCAUCAUCUUCUUUGAUGAGUUGGACUCACUGGCUCCCAACAGAGGCAGGAGUGGAGACUCAGGAGGUGUGAUGGACAGAGUUGUGUCUCAGCUGCUUGCAGAGCUUGAUGGCCUCCAUUCCACUGGCGAUGUGUUUGUGAUUGGAGCAACCAACCGCCCAGACCUGCUCGACCAAUCCCUCCUCAGACCUGGAAGGUUUGAUAAACUGGUCUAUGUUGGGAUCAAUGACGACAAGGAUUCCCAGCUGCAAGUUCUGAAGGCCAUCACAAGGAAGUUCAGGCUGGACCCUGGAGUGAGUCUGGCAGAAGUGGUAGGGCUUUGCCCCCCACGGAUGACCGGUGCAGAUCUCUAUGCCCUCUGCUCUGACGCUAUGAUGGCGGCGGUGAAGAGGAAGAUUCAGCGGAUCAGUGAAGGCCUGGAGGCAGAGGAUGAAGAACUGUUGCUCUCCGCGGAGGAUUUCCAGCAGGCUCUGUGCCACGUCCAGCCGUCCGUGUCCGAACAGGAGCUACUCAAGUACACACUUCUCCAGCAGAAGCUCACUGCAAAGUAACACCAGUAGCACCAGUUCCACUCAGGCUCACACACCCUCUGACUUCCACACGCCACGUCACGUCACACCAGCCCCAGAUAAUGAUCCACAACACACACCAAUGGAACACAUAUUUGCAGUUCCAUAACAGUGCACAUUCAAAUGUAAAAGGCUGUCAUAGCCUAACUCCUGGUACUGCAUAGAAAUCCCCCUUACCAAACCAUGUGUAAAGAUACUCAUCUCGGGUGCAAAUCACACUUAAGUCAAUAGAAAUCCCCCUUACCAAACCAAACUCAUCUUGGGUGCAAAUCUUUGUUUUUAGCCUUUUUUCCCUAUAUACUGUAUUUGGUGACACUUUAUAUUAAGCACAUUCUUUGAGCGCCGAUUUGACUUUGGCAGGUUACAAAGAAGUGAAUCUGCUUCUUAAGUGUACUUGUGGACACUCAAAUUAAAGGCACUGCAGCUGCUUUGUGCAGUUUCUUUGAGGUGUAGCACCAGGCUGUGUGCACCGGAUGGGACGUUCCCCUUAUGUCUUUGUGCUCUACUGCAGCUAUCUUGUGAUUGGAUCACAAAGGACAAAAGGACAAGUUAAUAUAAAGUGUUACCAAGUUUAUUUAAUGUAAUGUUGUAAAUAAUGUCUAUAAAUGUAAAUGCAGAGAACCACUACUGAAAAUGUAAAUGACUGCACCUGCCAUCACAUGGUAUCUUAAAAUAAAAGAUAAAGACACAGUGAACACAAAAA